CGCCAGUCUUUGGUUCUGAUCGCUGCCAACUUUUCUCUGUAAGCCGCGCGGGCUCGCGAAAUUUGGGAUGACAGUUCGCGAUAUUGCCAACACAUCACCAUGGACGUCUCUAGCCGACAAUCAGAGAUCCUCGGGCAAUUGGAGAAGAUGCGCAAGGAGAUUGCCAGAAAGGAACGCAAGUUGCAGAAACUGAAGCGUCUGUCUGCUCAGAAGAGAAGUUACGACAGCGCCGAAAACAGCUCCAUCGCGGUAGAAGACACUCGAUUGCUGGCUUCUCUUGGCGUUCGGUCACCUCUACGACCGCUUGAAACGACGCUUUCGCAAAGUGAAAUUUGCCAUUCGAAGCCGCUCCGGAGAAUAGAUCCGCAAGAAAAAACCAUUCAUUUACGGGAAACAGAAGUUGAUUUGUGGGAAACAGACGAAAGUGCCUGUGAACGCCGUUCGCACGUCGAUCGGACGCGAACCGAGAUCGGUGAACGCGAAGCGGCUGCCAGUGCCCAAGAUGGUGAAGUUCAGCAAUGCGGUGCGUCGGCAUGUGGAAGAGCUUCGUCGUCGGACGCGCUUCCCGGGCCAUCAAAGGGGGAACAGAAACACCCGUCGAGAGCCGAUGACUGCCGAUAUUCAAGCGUCGAGAGAUCGCCUGCUGAAAGAAGCUGUGAUUCUCGAGUACAACUCACCUCGCACUUCUCGCCAUAUCUCGUGAGCCCUGUCCACAGUCCACAUACUUCGGUCACGGAAGCAAGUGUAGAUCCUAUAUCUGCAGGCUGUAGUCCGGGAAAGGAAUUGUGUUCAGCAACCAGUCUUAACAUCUCGAAACGCGAAGACGUGGCAGUGCUUAGCACAGCUGAGUGUUUUCCUGCUGCUUUUGGGCCUAGCAAUCUACGAGGUGGAGUCAACCAACAUGGAAACCAAUCAGUGGGUCUAUUUCAACAAAAGGAAGAAGAUGGCAAGGACACUGCAAGGUCGUCUCAUAUCGGCAUUAUUGGUGGUGGAAGAAGCUCCAAACAGUCAUGUGUGACUUCUGCCUAUGUAGCCAUGCCAAAUGUGCAAUGCCACGAAAAGCAAUCAAUUGUUCAGAAUGAUGUCCAGUUGCUGCCCGUUCCAGACAGAGAGAACUUGCAUGACGAGCUUGUGGAUAACUCCCAGAAGGAGAUGUUUGAAGAGCAGGAGGUAUAUCUGUACAGCCAAGACAACAGAGACACUGUCACAGUUACUGAAGAGUCUGCAACUGAGAGCACCGAAAUGACAGAGCCUCAGUGGCAAACAACAGAAACUUCAGAUUCUCUCAGUUCCAAGUCAUGGUCUCCCAAGCGCAAGAGGCGGCGGACAAUGUGCAAGCCACCGGCACUAUCGGCCGCUGCAGACACAAAAAGCUACAAUUUCAGACAACGAAGGCUUUCUCACAGCCCUCCUGUAAUGAGACCAAUGAGCAGAGAGGCCAAGAAUGUCCUGGGCGCUUUUCAAAGGCUCAUUCAACAGGCACGUCAGCUACCCGUCUCUACAUUUCAGCUGCAAUUUGAGAAGCUGGGCUUGCAUCAAUAUUGGGAUGCGAAGGGCAUGUCUGGCUAUCAAGCAAAUCUACAGAGGCUUGAAAAUGGGUUUUGUGGUAGCUUGUUGUCAGAGGACUGUUGUGAUGAGACGGCCGUUCGCACAGAUGUAGAACAGGUCAAGGGACGCAUGAAUACUGAUAGCCCUUCUGUGCUCCAGACACCAAUGUCCUCUAGGAGGUUUGAAUCGGCUUCCGUAGCUCUGUCGCUCUUGCCAGACAAGAGAAAUAAAAUGCCACAGAACGCAACAGACUGUGAAAAACGAGAGACCCGACGUAGUCGCCGCCAGAAAGGACAAUCUUCUGUUUCUUCGGGCUCUGCUCAACUGGAAAGUAUCGCAACCUCUACUGUGGCUCCUGGUGGCUGGUCCAGCAGAAAGGGGAGGUCGAUGCCUGGUAUUGUUGUGCGCAGUGUCAGCAACAUGACUGAUGACUGUAGUCGAGCCACUGAUGCGGAGCCAAAAGAAUCUUCUCCAGUUUGUGAGCACACAACACCUAAUGUGCAACUGCCGGAAGUGGCUCGGUUCCCAGGUGGCAGAACUGCAAGCCGUGCUGUGGAUCAGUGUUUUAGAAAACAGUGUGAAAAAACUGAGACGCCAGUGUCUUCGACAACUGUCUGUGAAGUUGCCGCUUUACCCGAGGAGGUUGAACAAAGCUCGAUGUGCGUACACACAAGUCGGGAAGUGUCAGGUGUAAGUGUUAGCACAGCUAUAGACUCCUGUGAAAUUACUGCUGUUGAAGUUCAGAAGCACACGGUAGUGGAAACGUGUUUGCAUGACGUCGGCAGCACUUCCAGAAACCUAACUACUAGUCCACAAGAGCCCGGAAAUCAUGUGCACCUUGUAGACACGCAAAAUAGUUGUAGAACUACAAGGAAAGUGUUUACUGCUUUAACACGUGUGCUUGAUUGCAAAGACAAGUGUUCUUCACAAGAACUUGACAGAAAUGGUCGGCAACUAGAGAACAUAAGGUGCACAAUGUCGUCCACACGGAGUGAUGUUUGCGAACCAGUCAAUGGGCAAGGUUCAGAGUGUAGCGACGGCGAAGAUGCUUUGGCAGCAACAAGUCCAGCGCACAGCAACCUGUUCACUCAGAGUGAAGAAAGUGACAGUGCUGGAGGUGAAAUCAACGAGUUUGUCACCACUGUUGUAGCACAGCUUAAUCCACGGAUGAGUGGUGCUGCAGACCACAGGCCUGUGGAUCAGCCGCAGGACAGCCAGGCUCGUCAGAGUGACAGUGCGACUCCUGACAAUAUAGACCUACCUGAAAGUCUGACUCCAGAACUAGCCGGUACACCAAGGCACUUGUCACCAUCGCAUGGACACCAAGGUCUGCUUACAGAAGCUGAAAAAGGAGGACUGGAUAGCAAAGAAGAAGGUCUUGGCCAUGUUGCGGACAACACCAAGAAUGCCGAAUUCUCGUCUUCUUUACACACUUCCAGCAAGGCAUCGGAUCUUCCCUCAGGCUUUGCAGAACUUGCUUCUAGUACCUGUGCACCAUCAUGUGGCCUUUCUGGCAAAAAAGGAAUAGGCAGUGGCACCGAAGCUACAGAUGUGCAUUCUCAUCGCUCACCCAUUUUGUCUGCAGCUGAAGCAAGGAAGGCAGAAGAACAGACCGCCACUUGCCUGCCUGAUGCUGUUUCAAGGUGUGUUGCCAAGAAGCUCUUUGCUGAUGCCUCAGUUGGCAAGAAAGCUUCAGCCUCUAAUGCGGACUUGUCGGCCCUGUUGGACCCGCAAGUACUGGAAGGCAUGUUCGACGAGUGGUCGGAAGAUCUCGACAGCGCCGCUAGGCCUGUCAAUGCAGCAGACACCGACGACAGUGGAAGCAGGAGUCAGAGUUGUGCCAUUGCCAUCCAAAAAGAAUACUUGGUUAAUGAAGCGUCAGCAGCUGCUGGCGGCUGCAGAAACAGCAGUGCACGCCACACACCAGUCCAGAUAACACGCAGUGAACUUGGCAUGUUGCCACAGAGCUUGCAGAUACAUCAGUCAGGCGAUGAAUGCAGCGUUGACAGGGAACGCACUGACGGCCAAAACCACAGCCAGGGAACAGAGGAUGCAGAGGAAGCGGAAUGUGGCUCACCAGAUCCUGCACUUAGGGAUAGCAUUGAGGCACAAAGGAAGUUGCCAUCAGAAGACCAGUGUUCUCAGUCUGUUUCAAACUCCCUCGAAGCUCUUUCAGGCAUGUCAAGGUUUUCAGAUGAAAUGGAAGAAAGGGGUGUGCCAAGUGCCGAAGGCGACCAGCAGCUCGGCUGUGGAGACCUGAGCUCGCCUGUGCGGUCUGAUGGCAAGUGCGAUGGUUUGGGUGAAGAAGACCAUGAUGGAGCGGGAUGGGACAACACAGGCGUUGCAUAUGAAGAACCGGACCAAGUCACUACCUGUCAUCGUGGUUCCUUGCUUGGCACGUGCAAUCCCCUCCUGUUCUUCUGUGAGCUGAAGUGUGAGCAGGAGCAGCCCAUAACAAGUGUGCACCUGGUCCAAGCAGUGACACACCCAUUCCUGGUGUCAGUGCAAGCAUCCGCCAUCAAUGUCUGGCACUUGGAGCAGCACGGUUGGCAACACAGCCUGGUGAUGAGAAAGCUCAAAUUCUCUGUGGAAGAGGACCACUGCCUCCUGAGCUGUGAUCAGUGGACCGUCCUGGUGUACCUGAGUGCCAGGACGCCCAUGCAACUGCCAUGCCUGGAGUGGUACACGCACAAUGGCCAGGAUGGUAGCCAGCUCCUGCUCACACUGGGCAGCCUCGGCAGUGCAGAUGGCCUCUCGUUGAAGAGAAGUCAGCGCAUCUAUCGUAUAGCCAAGCUAAGCCGAGAGGGCUGGUUCGCAACUGCGCUAAGGACCACCGGCGGAGCCACGCUGUUGCGCGUUCAUCGGCUGUGUCACGUGCACGGAGAACUCGGUGAUGAGACGGAUUUGCUGGGAUGCACAUCAAGCCCGCUUGACUCGCUUGUCAACAUUGAAGGACAACGUGAUGCACUGCUCGGGAACUCUGCCAACAUAUUUUACGUGUGGGACUGCAAUGACAGGGUGCUGGUGAAGAAGAUGAUCCACGAGCCAGAUGUGUUUGGAGACCUGCAGCGCAUCUCCUGGUGCUGCUCUGACAGGGGCCUGUUGUUCGUGUUAAUGCAGUCAUUCGAUGAAGUGACGUCAACACUGGUGGCCAUGAACCCAUUUAGCUGUAAGGCUGAGGCAGUCAGCAGCUUGUCCUGGAAGCAGGCUACUAAGGCACAAGCUGGAGGCUCAAGGUCGUGUAGCAUUCGCGUUGAAGGUCGCUACAUGGCAUGUGUCGCCCCGGGCUACGGCGUACGGAUUUGGAACAUCUUCACUGGCAACCCCGUGGCCAACAUGUGGUAUCGCAGUUCAACAAGUGUGACAAUGACUGAGCUCUCUGGAUCAAUGGUGGCUGCUGUUGGAUUGGAUGACGGUCACGUGCUUGUGUUCAAUUCCUAGCAAAGUGCUGCAUCUACCAUUUCUUCGUGUUAUGGCAGGUGAGAUUUGGUGACCACUUGGCCUGCCAUCCCCAAGAAGAGUUCCUAGCAUGAAUGUACUCCACCAACCCGUACCUCAAGAAUAUGCGGUCAUGAUGUGCGUCACGGCACUCGAGUGACCUUCAUGAGCCAAAGUCAACAAUUCCAAACCUGUGCACCCUGGUAUUUAUUGUGUAUAUGUAUAUAUAUAUUAUUUGUAUAUAAGCAUUGCAUGUGUCACGUGUGUACUACCCUUGCCCUGUACAUACACUCACCUUGUUGCUGUACAAAAGUUUGUUGAACAAGAACAGAUAAGCAUGUUGUAUUCAUUGCUUGCCACAAGCUGUACAUAAAGAAAGUGUAUGCCAUGUGCCUA